AAAAGAUUGGGCUGAGAGAUAGUAACUAGGGUAAGCACGCGCGGCACUGCAAUUCCCCUGUUUCUACUUCACACUCUUCCCCUUCUCUUUGCUCUCCACACUCCCCCGCUUCUAGGUUAUACGGCGCGCCCUAUCUCUUCUCUGGCUGCACUUUCUUCAGUGACAGCGGCGCACCAUCAAAGAACUCUUAGGUCUCUGAAUUCCGAAUAUGACUUCGUUCCUGAAGCCUGAGAAUGCCCUCAAAAGGGCUGAAGAAUUGAUCAAUGUUGGGCAGAAGCAGGAUGCUCUGCAGACACUGCACGAUCUUAUUACCUCGAAAAGGUACAGGGCAUGGCAGAAGACCCUCGAAAGGAUUAUGUUCAAGUAUGUGGAACUCUGUGUAGACAUGCGUAAGGGACGGUUUGCAAAGGACGGGCUCAUUCAGUACCGUAUCAUAUGCCAGCAAGUGAAUGUUAGCUCCCUGGAGGAGGUUAUCAAGCACUUCAUGCACCUAUCCACUGAAAAAGCUGAACAAGCCCGUAGCCAGGCACAGGCAUUGGAAGAAGCUCUUGAUGUUGAUGAUUUAGAGGCUGAUAAAAGGCCAGAGGACUUGAUGCUGAGCUAUGUCAGUGGGGAGAAAGGAAAGGACAGAUCUGAUCGGGAGCUUGUUACCCCUUGGUUUAAAUUUCUUUGGGAAACAUAUAGGACUGUGCUUGAAAUAUUGCGCAACAACUCAAAGCUAGAAACUUUAUAUGCUAUGACUGCUCAUCGGGCUUUUCAGUUUUGUAAGCAAUAUAAGCGAACCACAGAGUUCCGCAGACUAUGCGAAAUCAUAAGAAACCAUUUGGCCAAUCUUAACAAGUAUCGUGAUCAACGUGACAGACCAGAUCUUUCAGCUCCUGAGAGCUUGCAACUGUAUCUGGAUACAAGAUUUGAGCAGCUGAAAAUUGCAACAGAACUCGAACUUUGGCAGGAAGCUUUUAGAUCUGUUGAAGAUAUACACGGACUGAUGUGCUUGGUCAAGAAGACGCCGAAGCCAUCUUUGAUGGUUGUUUACUAUGCUAAGUUGACAGAAAUAUUUUGGAUAGGCUCAAGUCAUCUAUAUCAAGCAUAUGCAUGGUUCAGGCUAUUUUUAUUGCAAAAGAGCUUCAAUAAGAAUCUGAGUCAGAAGGAUUUGCAAUUAAUAGCUUCAUCAGUUGCUCUGGCUGCACUUUCGGUGCCUCCUCAUGAUCGCACUCAUGGAGCAUCUCAUUUGGAACUAGAACAUGAAAAGGAGAGAAAUUUGAGGAUGUCUAAUCUUAUUGGGUUUAAUAUGGAAACUAAACCUGAAAGCAGAGAAAUGCUCUCAAGAUCAUCACUUCUUGCUGAACUGGCGUCCAAGGGCGUGAUGUCUUGUGUAACCCAGGAAGUGAAGGAUAUUUACAACAUUUUUGAACAUGAAUUCCUUCCUUCAGAUCUUGCAGUAAAAGUGCAGCCCUUGUUGGCUAAAAUAUCAAAGUUAGGUGGUAAGCUUUCCACUGCUUCAUCUGUCCCAGAAGUGCAGCUGUCUCAAUACGUCCCUGCACUAGAAAAGUUAGCUACCUUGAGGUUGCUCCAGCAGGUGUCUAAUGUGUACCAGAGUAUGAAGAUUGAGACCUUAUCUGGCAUGAUCCCAUUUUUUGAUUUUUCUGUUGUGGAGAAGAUUUCUGUUGAUGCUGUUAAACAGAAGUUUCUUUCAAUGAAAGUUGACCACAUGAGAAAUGUUGUAAUUUUCUGCAAAAUGGUAUUUUUUAGAUGUUUAUCAAUAUUGUUUCUUGCUCAAUUUACACUUGCUUACAGAGUUUUUUUUUUUCCUCCUUUUUUAGAGAUUGGAGCUUUGCUUCCAACUUUGUCCGAGGUUGUUGCCAAGGAACAUAAACGACUUCUAGCUCGAAAAUCUAUUAUUGAGAAGAGGAAAGAAGAACAAGAGCGGCAGCUUCUGGAAAUGGAGCGUGAGGAAGAAUCAAAGAGGUUAAGAGUGCAGAAAAUGAACGAAGAGGCUGAAAAAUUGAGAGUUGCAACUGAAUUUGAGCAGAGGAAAAAUGAGAGGCUCCGCCAAGAGAUAGAGGAAAGAGAAAAGGAAGAAGCUAAAGCUUUGUUUGAGGAAGCUGAGAAAAAAUUUAAAAACAUUAAGGGGAAAAAGCCACUUAUUGAGGGGGAUAAAAUUACCAAGCAAGCCUUGAUGGAAUUGACGUUGAAUGAACAACUCCGAGAAAGACAGGAAAUGGAGAAAAAACUCCAAAAACUGGCAAAAACCAUGGAUUAUUUGGAAAGGGCAAAAAGGGAAGAGGCUGCUCCCUUGAUUCAUGCUGCAUAUGUAAAGCGCCAAGAGGAAGAGAAGAUUCUUCAUGAGCAUGAACAGCAGCAAGAGAUUGAAUUGAGUAGACAACGUCAUGAAGGAGAUCUCAAGGAGAAGGAGAGGCUUGCCAGAAUGAUUGGCAAUAAAGAGAUAUAUCAAGAGAAAGUUGUUAGUCGACGCCAGGCUGAAUUUGACAGAUUGAGGAAGGAAACGGAGGAACGGAUCUCUAGGAUAUUACAGUCCAGGAAACAGGACCGGGAAAGAUUGAGGAAGUGGAAGUAUUAUCUGAAUGUGGAAGAAGAGAGGCAGCAAAAGUUGCGCGAGGAGGAAGAAGCAAGGAAGCGCGAAGAGGCUGAGAGGCGAAGGAAGGAAGAGGCUGAACGAUUAGCAAAAUUGGAAGAGAUAGCAGAGAAACAGAGACAAAGAGAGCGGGAACUGGAAGAAAAGGAAAGACAAAGAAGAGAGGCAUUGUUGGGAAGAGGUGCCGAGCCAGCUUCAAGGCCUACUGAGACUCCUGCACGCCCACUUGAGUCUGGAUCUGCUGCUCCUGCUGCAGCUGCCGCUGCUGCUGCACCAGCCCCAGGGAAGUAUGUCCCUAGGUUCCGCCGUGAGAAACCUGAGGGUGCAGCUGCUCCUCCUGAAACAGACCGCUGGAGUAACAGUAGCAGCCGGCCGGAUGGUGACAGGUGGGGUCGUGGUGAAGAUCGCAGAUCAGCAUUUGGUUCUGGUGUGGGUUCCAGGUCAUCUUCAACCUGGUCAUCCUCGAGGAACCCUCGUUAAUCACCCUGUUCCCAUCUGUUGAAAGCUGAUCUCAUUCUGGCCCUCAAUGGAGGGUACAAUGCAUUGAGUUGCCUGAUGUGCGGUUCUCAUGACCUUGUCGAGCUCUUUUUGUACUCUUCCCAAUUUGAGUUCUAGAAUUUUUUUUGAUACUUGGUUCGUAAAAUUUGUUUUAUCUCCUAAUGCAUUCGGCUUCUAGAUUAUGCAACAAUAUUCUAUUUAUGAUCGAGCAGAUUGGAUAUGGUACUCGGAAUUUCAAGUCAGAAGUAAUGCAGACUUAAUUUUCGA